GGCGCGCCGCGGAGAGUCUCGGGAGGUGGUGGCAGCAUGGAGGCACAGGAGCUGUUCCGCCGCUUGGGCGCCGGGGCCCGCUUCGAUGUGCGGCGCUUCGGGCUGGACGCGCGGCGCUUCGGGGUGAUCCGGGGAAGUGGCGGCCCACCGGAGAACCUCGACUUCUUCGGGAGCAAGGAGAGAGCCCCCCUGGGGUCCGUUGGGAAGCAGGAGGAUGGAGCGGGGAGAAAGGACGUGGAGAUGGCAGGGAAGAGAAAAAGGACGGCAGAAAGUGGUAAAAGGAAAAGAAAAAAGAGGCAAGAAACAGUGUCAGUGCCAGAGCUGUCAGAAAGCGAUGGGAUAAUGUGGAUGUCCUCUCUGGAAGCAAAAGUCAAAGAUACAAAAGACAACAAAAAACCUACUGCAGAAAAGCUUGAACGUUUGAGAAGGGAGAAGAUAAACCGUUUUAGAAAUCAACACAGGAUUAAUGUUCAAGGAACAGACCUUCCUGACCCAAUUGCCACGUUUGAUCAACUUCAAAAGGAAUACAAAGUCCACCCCAAAGUCAUUGAGAAUAUUCAAGCUGCUGGCUUCCAGGUUCCAACGCCAAUCCAGAUGCAGGCCAUUCCAGUCAUGCUUCAUGGUCGAGAACUUCUAGCUUCUGCUCCUACUGGGUCUGGAAAAACACUGGCAUUUUGUAUUCCUCUCUUAACGCACCUGAAACAACCCAUGAACAAAGGGUUCAGAGCUCUGAUCAUAUCGCCUACCCGAGAACUUGCUAGCCAGACACAUCGGGAGUUGGUGAAAUUGGCUGAUGGGACAGGCUUCAGAAUCCAUAUGAUCCAGAAGGCCUCUGAAGCAGCAAAGAAGUUUGGGCCCAAGUCAUCUAGGAAGUUUGAUAUACUAGUUACUACUCCAAACAGACUCAUUUAUUUACUGAAACAAGAUCCUCCAGCAAUAGAUUUGACCAGUGUGGAGUGGCUGGUGGUAGAUGAGUCAGACAAACUGUUUGAAGAUGGAAAGUCAGGAUUCCGAGACCAAUUGGCCUCCAUCUUCCUGGCAUGCACGUCCCAUGUGGUGAGAAGAGCCUUUUUCAGCGCAACCUUUGCACAUGAUGUGGAGGAGUGGUGUAAACUCAACCUUGACAGUAUUGUUCUGGUGUCUGUCGGUGCACGGAACUCUGCAGCAGAGACAGUGGAACAAGAGCUGUUGUUUGUUGGAUCUGAGACAGGAAAACUGACAGCAAUGAGAGAGCUUGUUAAAAAGGGUUUUGCUCCCCCGGUCCUUGUUUUUGUACAAUCUAUUGAGAGGGCUAAGGAGCUUUUCCAUGAACUUAUUUAUGAAGGCAUCAACGUAGAUGUCAUCCAUGCAGACAAAACUCAACAACAGAGAGAUAAUGUAGUACACAGUUUCAGAGCUGGGAAGAUCUGGGUGCUCAUUUGCACAGCUUUACUAGCUCGAGGGAUUGACUUCAAAGGAGUGAAUAUGGUCAUUAAUUAUGAUUUGCCGACGAGUGCAGUGGAGUACAUCCACAGAAUAGGUCGUACUGGAAGAGCGGGACACACAGGGAAAGCAGUCACCUUCUUUACAGAAGAUGAUAAACCUUUAUUACGAAGUAUAGCCAAUGUUAUUCAGCGAGCUGGCUGUCCUGUGCCAGACUACAUAAAGCACUUUCCCAAACUUCAAAGCAAACAGAAGAAGAAAUUCAUUAAGAAACCACUAACAAGAGAAGCAAUUUGUACCACUCCUCAGUGCUUCUUAAAAAAAGACAGAAGAAAAAAGAGAACUGCAAAGGAAAAUGUUAAGGAAAAAAAGAAAGUUAAGGAAGUUGCAGAUACCAGUAACUUGGAAACUGCUUCAAAAAGCUGAACAGUGGUAGGUGGCUGUUGAGCUGGGACUGACACCUGGGCCCAUACUGAAGAAUGAAGAUGAUGGUGAAGGGAAAGGAAAAAGAGUAUUUCUUCCUCUUUCCUUCUGCAUGAGGUGGGAUGUUUACAUGCAAGAAAAUCUCUACUGAAAUACGAGUAGAGGGCUCCUGAAUGCUUCUUAUAGAAGCUGCAGAAUGUGCUCUUGCAGUGAAUACUACUGAACACUUCAUAUUACGGAACCAUUGUUCAGAAGUAGCAUCUGUGUUACUGUCACUUUUAUAUUACUGCUUGGAACUGCUGUCAUUGCAGUGUUCCCUAAUGCUGAUCCCUGAAACACGUGUCAGACUCACAGAAAACACGGGCGGUGGGGGGAAGGACAGGGGAGGGGUACUGUGAGGCCUAGGAACGGCAGCUGUUAGAUGCCUCCCUGGACGUGUUUUUGGAAAAAUGCAAAACAACACGAAUAGGGGAAGUGAAACCUUCCUUCUGCUUUUGGAAUAAUGGAUCUUUUAGGUGCCUCUGAGUCUCAGUAAUUUCGCAGAAUAAAUAAGGUCAUAAAGCA